AACCAAAAAUUCCACUUUAAAAACUGUUUCCACCAGAACUAAACCGAACUUGUCCAAAUCCUCAAACCUCAGUUUUCAUUCCUUUGAUUAGGCGUUGAAACUUUGAUCCAACUUCCUCAGACCCUCUUCUCUCUCUUCACUCCUCUUCACUCCUCUUCACUUCUCUCUCUAGAAAGUGAAGACUUUUGAAUGAAAACUUGAUUGAGGCUCUUUAUAACAAACCAAACUUCAUUAUCUCUCAUUAUGUCCUUCUUCUUCUUAUGAAGGAAGUGAAGUUCAGAACAAAAAACAAUAAAGGAAAAGUCGUAACUCUUUCUCUCUCUCUCUCCCUCUCUUAAUCACUCUGUGAAAAGCUCAUCUCUUUUCAAUGGCUAAGUCAAAAAACAAUGCGAAGAAGUUGUCCUACAUAUCAGUUCCUUCUCAGAUCAUCAAUUCUAUAUCUUCUUCUUCUCUGCAAUCUCUUCUUGACUCUCCCAAGAAGACUUCAAGGAGCACCAACAGGUUCUUUUUCUUCUUCACAAACAGCAUCUUCAGGAGGCCAAGAUUGUGGUUUUUCACUCUCUUUCUCUUUGGUUUCCUUGGCAUGCUCAAGUUUGGCCUCACCAUUAACAUCCCAUUUUCUCCCCACCCAUGUGCCACAACCCUGCCUCAGAACAUGAUCUCAACCCCACAUCCAAAGUCAAACCUUGGUGUUGUGAGACAGAAUAACAUAAAAGAUCAGGUUUUGUUGACAAAGGCUUUGGUUUCCCAUGUGGAGCUUAGAGCACAGGGAUUGGACAAGGUGGAAGGUGAUGGAGGUGUUGAGAAGAGUGAGUUCUGGAAGCAGCCAGAUGGGUUGGGAUACAAACCUUGCCUUAGUUUCAGCAGGGAUUACAGAAGAGCAACCGAUGGGGUUCUAAAGGAUAGGAGAAAGUACCUCAUGGUGGUUGUUUCUGGGGGCUUGAAUCAGCAAAGGAAUCAAAUUGUUGAUGCAGUUGUCAUUGCUAGGAUUCUUGGGGCUGCUUUGGUUGUUCCUAUAUUGCAAGUCAAUGUCAUUUGGGGUGAUGAAAGUGAGUUUGGUGAUAUAUUUGAUUUGGAACACUUCAAGAGAGUUCUUGCCAAUGAUGUCCGAGUGGUUUCAGCAUUGCCAUCAACGCACCUAAUGACAAAACCAGUGGAGGGAAGUCCUCCUCUUCAUGUCACUCCCAGCUGGAUCCGUUCAAGAUACCUCAGAAGAUUCAACAGAGAAGGUGUCUUGCUUUUACGUGGACUGGAUUCGAGGCUGACAAAGGAUCUUCCUCCUGAUCUUCAAAAGCUUAGAUGCAAGGUUGCUUUCAAUGCACUGAGGUUUGCUCAACCGGUUCAGGAACUUGGGGACAAGAUUGCAGAGAGAAUGAAGAGCAAGGGACCUUACCUUGCUCUUCAUCUACGGAUGGAAAAGGAUGUCUGGGUGAGAACUGGUUGUCUACCUGGUCUGAGUCCUGAGCAUGAUGAGAUUGUAAAAAAUGAGAGGAUAAAUAGGCCUGAACUCUUAACUGCGAAAUCAAACAUGACAUACCAUGAAAGGAAGCUGGCUGGUCUCUGCCCCUUAAAUGCUGUGGAGGUUACCAGGCUUUUGAAGGGUCUAGGAGCUCCAAAGAAUACUAGAAUUUAUUGGGCUGGAGGACAACCUUUGGGUGGAAAAGAAGCCUUGCUUCCAUUGAUCCAAGAGUUUCCUCAUUUUUAUAGCAAGGAAGAUCUUGCCUUGCCAGGAGAAUUACAACCCUUUGCAAAUAAGGCAUCCAUAAUGGCUGCCAUAGAUUACAUAGUCUCUGAGAAGAGUGAUGUUUUCAUGCCAUCUCAUGGAGGAAAUAUGGGCCAUGCAAUUCAGGGUCACAGAGCAUUUGCUGGGCACAAGAAAUAUAUAACUCCAAACAAGAGACACAUGCUCCCUUACUUUCAUAAUUCUUCCAUCUCUGAAGAAGAGUUCAACAGAAUCAUCAAGGAGUUGCACCAGGACUCAUUGGGGCAGCCAGAACUUAGGACUAUCAAAGCUGGAAGGGAUGUUACAAAGUAUCCUAUUCCAGAGUGCAUGUGCAAUGACUCACAUGCUAAUUCCUGAUCUAAAAGUAGUACCAAAGUUUGUGGCAUGAAGGCUAUUUAGCAAGUAAGAAAGUGCAACUUUCAAUAGGAUGUGCAAUUUUGACCCCUUUGGAGCACUUCAACUGCCUUUCUUUUCAAGGUAACCAUGAGAGUUCUGGGCACCCAGUUUCUACUACACAUCAUUUCAAGCACUCUUCUCUACUGGGAGGUGUA